CGUGCAAUCGACGCGCUUCCUUAACUACAGCACCUUCCUUCUUUUCCUUCCCUUCGCCUUCUUCCUUUCCCACACCCAACCACCGUUGUUACGAAGUCCCCAAUUUGUUCCCCACAGAUCUAAGAUUCGGUUCGUACCGCGACUCUCGAUUUGGGGCUUUGAAUUCAAUAGUGAAGCUGGAUUCAAAUCUCUCGAAUUCUCCUUUGUUAUCCUGAGCGCGGUUCAGAAAUGUUGACGAAAUUUGAGACGAAGAGCAAUAGAGUGAAAGGUCUGAGCUUCCACAGCAAGAGGCCAUGGAUCCUGGCGAGUCUUCACAGCGGCGUCAUCCAGCUAUGGGACUACCGAAUGGGCACUCUCAUUGAUCGAUUCGAUGAGCACGAUGGGCCCGUUCGAGGCGUACAUUUUCAUCACUCGCAGCCACUUUUUGUUUCCGGAGGUGACGAUUACAAAAUCAAGGUAUGGAAUUACAAAUUGCACAGAUGCCUGUUUACACUUCUUGGCCAUCUUGACUAUAUUCGAACAGUUCAGUUUCAUCACGAGUAUCCCUGGAUAGUAAGUGCCAGUGAUGACCAGACAAUUAGAAUAUGGAAUUGGCAGUCGAGAACUUGCAUCUCUGUGCUAACUGGGCACAACCACUAUGUCAUGUGUGCCUCAUUUCACCCCAAGGAAGAUUUGGUUGUUUCAGCUUCUUUGGAUCAGACUGUUCGUGUUUGGGAUAUUGGUGCCUUGAGAAAGAAAACUGUAUCUCCUGCAGAUGAUAUUCUGAGAUUGCCUCAAAUGAAUACAGAUCUCUUUGGUGGGGUUGAUGCUGUUGUGAAAUAUGUUUUGGAGGGUCACGAUCGGGGUGUUAAUUGGGCUUCUUUUCACCCAACUCUCCCUCUGAUUGUUUCUGGUGCAGAUGACCGGCAAGUGAAAAUAUGGCGCAUGAAUGAUACAAAGGCGUGGGAGGUGGACACGUUGAGGGGACAUAUGAACAAUGUUUCUUGUGUUCUGUUCCACACAAAGCAGGACAUAAUUGUAUCAAAUUCGGAAGAUAAGAGUAUUAGAGUUUGGGAUGCAACGAAAAGGACUGGCUUACAGACCUUCCGUAGGGAGCAUGACAGGUUCUGGAUUCUUGUUGCCCAUCCUGAGAUGAAUCUUUUGGCUGCCGGCCAUGACAGUGGCAUGAUUGUUUUUAAGUUGGAGAGGGAACGCCCUGCAUUUUCUGUCAGUGGUGAUUCAGUCAUCUACGUUAAGGAUCGCUUUAUCCGUUCCUUUGAGUAUUCAACUCUGAAAGAUACUCAGCUAAUACAGAUACGUCGUCCAGGUUCUAGUGGCUUGAAUCAAGGACCCCGAACUCUUUCUUAUAGUCCUUCUGAGAAUGCUGUUUUAAUUUGUUCGGAUGUGGAUGGGGGCUCGUAUGAACUCUAUGUUAUUCCAAAAGAUAGCUAUGGAAGAUCGGAUGUAGCACAAGAGGCAAAAAGAGGUGUUGGGGGAUCGGCAGUGUUUGUGGCUCGAAAUAGGUUUGCUGUGCUCGAGAAGACAAGCAAUCAGAUUCUGGUCAAGAACCUGAAAAAUGAAAUUGUGAAAAAGAGUGUUUUGCCUAUUGCUACUGAUGCUGUGUUCUACGCGGGUACGGGAAAUCUUCUCUGCAGGUCUGAGGACAAGGUUGUCAUCUUCGAUCUCCAACAAAGGAUUAUUCUUGGGGAUCUCCAGACGCCUUUUGUUAGGUAUGUCGUUUGGUCUCAUGAUAUGGAGUCUGUUGCUUUACUGAGCAAGCACUCGAUUGUUAUUGCUGAUAAAAAGCUCGUGCACCGUUGCACCCUCCAUGAGACCAUUCGAGUCAAGAGUGGAGCUUGGGAUGAUAAUGGCGUUUUUAUCUACACCACACUGACUCACAUUAAGUACUGUCUUCCUAACGGGGACUGUGGAAUCAUUAAAACGCUCGACAUUCCAGUAUACAUAUCGAAAAUAUACGGGAGCACAAUCUUUUGCUUGGACCGAGACGGGAAGAAUCGCCCUAUUAUCGUCAACUCAACCGAAUAUAUAUUCAAGCUAUCCCUGCUGAAGAAAAGAUUCGAUCAAGUUAUGGGAAUGAUAAAAAAUUCCGAACUGUGCGGGCAGGCCAUGAUCGCAUAUCUUCAGCAGAAGGGCUUCCCACAGGUUGCGCUUUAUUUCGUCAAGGAUGAAAGAACUCGUUUCAACCUAGCCCUCGAAAGCGGUAACAUUGAGAAGGCUCUGGAAGCUGCUAAAAAUAUCGACGAGAAAGAUUACUGGUACAGGCUAGGAGUGGAGGCUCUUCGGCAGGGAAAUGCCGGGAUUGUUGAAUAUGCAUACCAGAAAACGAAGAACUUCGAGAGGCUAUCUUUUCAUUACUUGAUAACUGGUAACCUCGACAAAUUGUCGAAGAUGAUGAAAAUCGCCGAAGUGAAAAAUGAUGUUAUGGGCCAGUUUCACGACGCAUUGUAUCUCGGCGACGUGCAGGAGCGAGUUAAGAUUCUGGAGAACGUUGGCCACUUACCCCUGGCUUAUAUUACGGCUGCUGUCCACGGUUUCCGUGAUAUAGCCGAGCGUUUAUCUUCCGAAUUAGGGGAAAAUGUUCCGACUCUUCCGGAAGGAAGAAAAGCUUCUCUUUUAAUACCGCCUCGUCCGGUGCUGUGCGCCGGAGAUUGGCCUUUGUUGAUGGUCAGUAAAGGCAUUUUCGAGGGCGGCCUCGACGAUACUGGUAAGGAUGAACACGAAUACUACGAAGAGGCUGCCGACGCCGAUUGGGGAGAAUCUUUGGAUAUCGGAGAGGUCGACAACUUAAAUAACGGGGACAUUACUACCGUGCUUGACGUCGAUGUCGCUGACGAGAAUGAUGAUGAAGGCGGAUGGGAUCUCGAGGAUCUCGACCUUCACGUCGACACCGAAACCCCUCGAGCAUCUACAAAAGGCCCUUCUGUAUUCGUUGCCCCUACACCAGGCAUGCCUGUAACCCAGAUAUGGGUCCAGCGAUCGUCUCUCGCCGCCGAGCACGCGGCUGCCGGAAACUUCGAUACAGCUAUGCGGCUACUGAGUCGUCAGCUCGGAAUACGCAAUUUCGCGCCGCUGAAGCCGCUCUUCGUCGAUGUUCACUUGGGCAGCCACAGUUUCUUCAGCGCCUUUACUUCUGCGCCCGUGAUCUCGUUACCCGUCGAGAGGGGUUGGAGCGAGUCGGAAAGCCCGAACGUUCGACGCCCGCCGGCUCUCGUCUACAAUUUCUCGCAGCUGGAAGAGAAACUCAAGGCCGGCUACAAGACGACGACUGCCGGAAAGUUCUCCGAAGCUCUCCGAAACUUCCUGCUGAUUCUUCACACGAUUCCGCUAAUCGUGGUCGAAACGCGACGGGAAGUCGACGAGGUCAAGGAGCUGAUCAUCAUCGUGAAAGAAUACGUUCUCGGGUUGAAGAUGGAGCUGAAACGACGAGAACUGAAAAACGACCCGGCUCGACAGCAGGAACUCGCUGCGUAUUUCACCCACUGCAACCUCCAGCUCCCGCACGUAAGGCUCGCGUUGCAGAACGCGAUGACGGUUUGCUUCAAGGCGAAGAAUCUGAGCACUGCCGCCAAUUUCGCGCGGCGGCUCCUCGAGACGAAUCCGAGCAACGAGAACCAGGCGAAAACUGCUCGACAGGUUCUGCAGGCUGCCGAGAGGAACAUGAAAGACGCCGCCGAGCUGAACUACGACUUCAGGAAUCCGUUCGUCGUGUGUGGGGCGACGUAUGUCCCGAUUUAUCGAGGGCAAAAAGACGUCACGUGCCCGUACUGCACGACUCACUUCGUCCCGGCUCAGCAUGGCCGGGUUUGUGCCGUCUGUGAUCUGGCGGUCGUCGGGGCCGACGCGUCGGGAUUGAUGUGCUCGCCGACGCAGGUGAGGUAAGAUGAUUUUGAUCUGUUUCGGUACGAUCUAUUAAUUCAGAUGAAUGUAGUGUAAGUUUUUGGGUUUAACCCUUUUAUCAUACAUUUGGUUUCAUUUUCAUCACUUAGCCCUCUGCCUAAAACCUCUAUAAUUUUAGUUUUAUUUUUAUUUUUGGGUUUUUGGAGGUUUGGGUGCAAUAAGAUUUAUGUUAGGAUUUUGAGACCAUAGUUGGGUGGACUGUAUAUGCUCUCCUGUUUUUUGCAGAUAUUAUAGUCGUUAUAUUAUAUCUUAUAAAUACGAGUUUUGUACGGAUUUGCCA